AUGGCUUCAUGGAUGCGCGUACCCGAGUUCAUUUGUAUCCGCAGCGUUGGCGCUUUUUCUGCGAAGAUCCUCAGCGGGUCUAGCACACUUGGGCUGAGUGGGAUCGGCUCGCUGUCCGCAAACACCUGCCUCGUUAUAUCCCAGACGCCCUUGGCUACCAGCACCGUCUCUUCCGUUGGACCUACAACAUUGUCUGCUAGAUGCAAAAUAUUCGGACCUACUGCUGUUGCAUCCCACAUGUAUUACUCUGCGGCGAUAUGCCAUGACUCGACGAGUACUUCAUGGUUCCCAUGGGAUAGCCACGCGAAGGCGAAGCACUAG